AUGUUUACUCCUCGCUCUUCGCUGUCGAUUCAGGGUGUUAAGAGGACCCGGACCGAGUCUCCGGGGACGAACGGGAGCGCCCUUUCUGAUGCUGUGAACCUCCUUGUCACUGACGACAAACUACCGGCGCACCUGAAAACAAUUCUUGUAGGGAGAAUUCACCUGUUACUAAAUCUUUUGCUCGUUCUGAUUUGCGUUCACCUUUUCAUUGUUGUGAGGAGAGAGAGACUAAGAUCCGUUGUUGUUAUUGGAAUUGAGGAGUCUAAGGACCCUUCUUCACUCAAUCGUAUUGCUCAUGAUGCGGAAUGUAUUCGUAAAUUGUUUGACUUCCUUUCUAUCGAUUGCACUCCAAUAACGUCCUAUAGAAUGGGUAAGCCAAAUGAAAAGUCCCCCCGGCUCAUCAAAGUUGUUCUUCCAAGUAGGUACUUUAGGCGUGUGCUCCUCGAAAGAGCCCCAAGACUGAAAACUUAUCAGACUGGGGGAGUUUAUAUACGUCCUUCGCUCCCCAAGGCUGAGAGGGAUCGUCUCAGGGCUAUUCGCGAGGAGAAGAAAAGGCUUGCUACUAUCACGUCAUCUAAUGAAGUUGAUGCCAAUGAUAUGACUGUUACGUCGCCCAUGAAUGUUUCCCCUCUGAAUGCUGUUGAUGUUCAUGAUGGAAUUGUCUCAUGCGACAGAAAAAGGAAAAAAGGUGGUGGGGUUCUUCUCUUGGUUAAGCAGUCUUUUUGUCCUACCCUCGUUUUCAGCGAAAGUGUGGCUGACGGUUAUGAGAUCGUUGCUGCCGAUUUUUUUUCACUUUAG